AUGGCAGUAGGCAGUGGGCUGCCUCCUCUUAUAGGUGGGAAGUUUGAGAUAGCUCGGAUGAGGGAACUAGUAGCGCAAUGGGUGCUUAUGCAUGAGCACCCAUUCAAAGUUAUCGAGCAAGCGGGUUUUAAUAAUUUGCUAAGAUAUGCGAGUCCUGGUUGGGAAAAAAUAUCACACGUCACAAGUAAAUAUGAUUGUAUGAAGGUGUAUGAAAUGGAAAAGAAGAAGUUGAAGGCUGUUUUGAAGAAUAUUGAUAGAAUAAGUUUGACUACUGAUCUGUGGAAUUCAAGUAAUCAGAAACUUGAGUACAUGGUUUUGAUGGGGCAUUGGAUAGAUACUAAUUGGAGGUUGAACAAACGUGUGCUCAGUUUUGUUCGUUUAAAGCCUCCUCGCGGUGGUGUCCAGAUUGCAGAUAGCGUAUUUAACUGUUUGCGGGAAUGGGGAAUUGAGAACAAAGUCUUCACGAUAUCAGUUGAUAAUGCAUCUAGUAAUGACUUGGCAAUCAAGGUUCUAAAGGAAAACUUUUCUAUAACCAAGAAGCUUCUUUGCGGGGGAAAGUUGUUUCAUGUUAGGUGUUGCGCCCACAUAUUAAACAUAAUGGUGCAAGAUGGUCUUAGUCAGAUUAGGCACAUUAUCAAAGAUGUCCGUGAUAGUGUCUACUACAUCAAUCAAUCGGAGAGUAGACUACAAAUCUUUUCAGAAAUUGUGCAGCAAUUGCAGUUGCCUCACAGAAAGUUGAUAUUGGAUUGUAAAACGAGGUGGAACUCAACUUAUGAGAUGUUGGCUACUGCACUAAAAUUCCAAAGCGUGUUUCCAAGAUACUCUGAAAGAGACCAGCAUUUCACUUCUUGUCCCCUUGAGGAAGAUUGGGUUAAGAUACAGAAAGUUUGUGAAAUUUUGAAGGUUUUCAAUGUUACCACUAACAUCAUUUCAGGGUCAGAAUAUCCAACAUCAAAUAAAUUUCUUGCCGAGCUUUGUAAGGUGAAGGUUUUGUUGGAUAAACAUGCUGAGGAUGAAAAUGAAUUUUUGAGGACCAUGGUGACGAAGAUGAAAGGGAAAUUUGAUAAAUGUUGGGGGGAGUGCAAUUUGUUGAUAGCUAUAGCUGCUGUUUUGGACCCUAGGUGCAAAAUGAGAGUAUUGGACUAUGCUUUCCCUAAGAUUUAUGGUGAUCUUGACGCACGGGUUCAUUCUACAACAGUUCGGGAUGCCUUGUACGAGUUGUAUAGGGAAUAUGUGACCACUAGUCAAUCAUCUGCUGAUCAACAUAUGCCUGCAACUAGACAGGGUAAGGGUAGGGGGAGUGGGAGUGGGACGAAUGUAGAUGAUGACUCUUCUGGUUGGUUGGAUUUAAUGAAUUAUGUGGAUGUGAUUGAAACUACUGCCUCGGAAAAAUCGGAGUUAGAUUCCUAUUUCGAAGAGCCAUGUUAUAAGUGUCAAGUGGAUUAUGAGACGUUUGAUGCCUUAAAGUGGUGGCAAGCAAAUAGUUUGAAAUAUCCAGUGUUAUGUAAGGUGGCUCGUGACAUACUUGCUGUUCCUAUUAGCACGGUGGCUUCAGAGGCUACCUUUAGUACGGGAAGUAGAGUUAUUGACAAUUAUUGA